GAUUUCUUAACAAGAUAUGGCUUCCUUGUGCACAUCCACACAGUUCUUCUCCCUCAUCUUCUUAGCCACACUCGUUUGCUCUUCUGCUUCCACACACAGAAAUCUCUUCCAAGUUGCCACAAACAAAUUCAUUCUUAGCUCUUGCCGGGCGACGCGCUUUCCGGCUGCGUGCUACCGCUCACUUGGGUGCCAUGCCAGAGAGGUCCAGCGCAGCCCAAGGAGGUUGGCCCAUGCCGCGCUCUCGGUGAGCCUAGACCAAGCCUUGUCUACAUGUGCCCUGAUAUCUAAGCUGAAAGUGAUGAACAAGGGAUCAAUGACUCAUUGGGAGAUUGGAGCCAUGGGAGACUGCAUUGAGAAUGUGGGUGAGUCCAUAUAUCUGACGAAGCAGUCACUCAAGGAGAUGGAGGACCUGGGCAGCACCAACUGGGGGAUGCUGAUGAGCGACCUCCAGACUUGGGUAAGCGCCGCCGACACAUGUAUGGACGGAUUUGCUGGCGGCACCAUGAAUGGCCUUCUGAAGCAGGACAUAAGGUCUAGUAUUGAAGGGCUGGCUCAGAUGACCAGCAAUGCCUUGGACUUCAUUAACAGAUUAUCUAACACUAGACAGGGCACCCUACCAUGAAUAGUGAUUUGGCUAUAGAUAUACAGAUAUUGGACUUUGGCUACUGCAUAGAUUGUUUAUUUAUAUCUUAUGUGUCUUUCUUUGAUAUUGUUGUGCAAAUAUUGAUAUCCUGUGAGGCUUGUACAAGGUUAAGAACUGGGAAGCUCAAUUAGAUGGGUUUGGAAACUGAAUUUAGGGUUUCCCUUUACUUUCUUUCAUUUACCAGCUCUGUUGAUGCUUCAUAUAUGCAAAGGAUGAACACGGGCUAAGAUUAUGCGACA